CCUGCCACUCCCUUUUCCUCGGGUAUAAAAGCCGGCUACCACCCAGCAUCUGUCACCAUUUCCCACUCCUGCAGCUCUUCUCACAGGACGAGCCACCAGCCCAGACUCUCAAGAUGGCCUUUGUCCCUGCACCCGGCUACCAGCCCACCUACAACCCGACUCUGCCCUACAACAAGCCCAUCCCUGGAGGUCUCAGCGUGGGAAUGUCCAUUUACAUCCAAGGAGUGGCUAGCGAGCAUAUGAAAAGGUUCUCCGUGAACUUCGUGGCGGGACAGGGCCCCGGGGCCGACAUCGCCUUCCACUUCAAUCCCCGUUUUGAUGGCUGGGACAAGGUGGUCUUCAAUUCGCAGCAGGGCGGCCAGUGGGGCAGUGAGGAGAAGAAACGGAGCAUGCCCUUCCGCAAGGGCACCCCCUUCGAGCUGGUGUUCAUGGUCCUGCCGGAGCACUACAAGGUGGUGAUAAAUGGAAAUCCAUUCUAUGAGUUUGGGCACCGGAUCCCUCUACAGAUGGUCACUCACCUGCAAGUGGAUGGGGACCUGGAGCUUCAAUCCAUCAAUUUCAUCGGAGGCCAGCCGGCCCCAAGCCAGGGUUCUGGAUGCAAGCCUCCGCAGAGCAACCUGCCUACCAUGGAGGGACCCCCAAUCUUCAACCCGACUGUGCCAUUUAUGGGAAAACUGCAAGGGGGGCUUACAGCCCGAAAAACCGUCAUUGUCAAAGGCUACGUGCCUCCCACAGGCAAGAGCUUUGCCAUCAACUUCAAGGUGGGAUUGUCCGGAGACGUGGCUCUCCACAUUAACCCCCGCCUGACCGAGGACACUGUGGUUCGGAACAGCUAUCUGAACGGCUCGUGGGGAUCCGAGGAGAAGAAGAUCUCCUACAACCCGUUUGGUCGCGGCCAGUACUUUGAUCUGUCCAUUCGUUGUGGCAUCGAUCGUUUCAAGGUUUAUGGCAAUGGCCAGCACCUCUUCGACUUCUCCCAUCGCCUUUCAGCCUUCCAGAGGGUGGACAUUCUGGAGAUUGAGGGUGAUAUCACCUUGUCCUAUGUCCAGAUCUGAUCUAUUCCUGGGAGCACACAGAGAAAGAUCCCAUAAGACUCCAUUUUAAGCUUCUAAUAAACUAUCUGAGGGUGUCUAA